UAUGAAGAAGCUUCACGCGACACGAUUUCUCUGUGUGAUUUGUCAACUAUUGCUGAAGAGGAAAAAAAAGUUCUGCACGUUGGAGUCCAGCUCUUAAUUGGACUAUUACUAACCUAGUUUCACUUCCCCAAACCAACAAAAAACAAUCCGUUAAAAGUAAAAACGACGAAGAAGAGACAAAAACUAACAGCAAAGAAAUCGAAAAAUUAUUUCACAAAUAAGCCCAGCUCGAUUUGACCGGAUAUCGACGGAAGUCGCUCAAUAUCUCAAUAUCUCAAAACCAAAAAUAAAUAUCAAAAUCCUUUUAAAUACGACUAGUUAAAAGACAAAGACGAAGAGCGGUCAUCGUUAGGACUCAACUGCUAUCAAAACUCCAAUCAAUAAACUUUUGAGAACAUUUGAAAGUAGUAGCAGCAGCAGCAGGAGCAGCAGCAGAACACGCGGAGGACGACUCAUGUUAGAAAAAUGAAAAAGUUCACAUUUAAAGGAGUUCUGGAUGGAUUUCGACAAACCGUUCAGCCGCAGGCCAUUCGCCAGGAGCAGGAAAUUCUCGAGCAACUGAAGGCCGAUCAUUUCACCCUAAAGAAAACCUUUCGCCAUGGCUUUCCAUACUCACCCACAUCCUUUGCCUUCGAUCCAGUACAAAAACUAUUAGCGAUUGGUGAUAAAUCUGGCUAUAUACGCAUAUUGGGCCGACCUGGCGUCGAUGCGCAUGCCAAACACGAGGGUGAAUCCGAGUGCGCUGUCCUCUUUGCCCAAUUCUUGGUGAAUGAGGGCGCAUUGGUCACUGUCACCGCCGAUGAUACGAUUCACUUGUGGAACAUACGCCAAAAGACGCCACGCAUUGUGCAGAGCCUCAAAUUUCAGCGCGAGCGAGUCACUUGCAUACAUUUGCCGGUUGGCAGCAAAUGGCUGUACGUCGGCACCGAGAAGGGUAACAUACACGUCGUUCACAUAGAUACAUUUGCACUUAGUGGAUAUAUUAUUAACUGGAAUAAAGCAAUUGAAGUGGUUAGAACUAGUCAUCCAGGUGCUGUGAUUGCGUUAUGUGAUAAUCCAUUGGAUGCAAACAAGUUGCUUAUUGCAUUUGAGUGUGGGCUGCUUGUGUUGUGGGAUCUGAAAGUGAAAUGCGCUGAAAUACGAUGGCAGGCAGCCGAGGCUGUUAAAUCUUUGGCCUGGCAUUACGAGGGCAAAUAUUUUGUAUCAUCGCACACAGAUGGCUCGAUUUGCUCUUGGCCAACCAAGCCACAGCCCAAGCCGCAGUCGCAAGUUUGUCCGCAUGCGAAAAUCAACAAGGAUGGCAAUACGGAUAAAUGUAAACCGAUUUAUAAAGUUGACUUGAAGUCAAGCGCAACUGGCGAAACCUUCACAAUAUUCUCAGGUGGCAUGCCAUCGGAGAAGGGCUCAAAGUCGAAUUGCAUCACCGUUAUGGUUGGCAAGACUACAACCGUUUUGGAAAUGGAGCAUGCCGUUUGCGAUUUCAUUACACUCUGCGAGAAUCCCUGGCCCUGCGAAACCCAGGAACCGUACGCGAUAGCUGUGCUGCUUCAAUAUGACUUAGUAUUAAUAGACUUAUUAACGCCCGGUUUUCCAUGUUUUGAAUCGCCUUAUCCAAUGGACUUACACGAAUCACCUGUUACAUGUUGCACAUAUUUAACCGAUUGCCCAUCGGACUUGGUUCCUGCUUUCUAUUCCGUUGGUCGCACAACGACAAGUAAAAAGACAGGCUUCUCGGAGCGUGAAUGGCCCAUAUCGGGGGGCGAAUGGUCACCAGCCUCGUGCUCAUACUCGGAGAUUGUCAUCACUGGCCAUCAGGAUGGCAGCCUCAAGUUCUGGGACUCUGGCGCUGGCACACUUCAGAUUUUGUACAAAUUAAAGACGGCGAAGAUGUUUGAGAAGCCGCGUCAUGUUAGCCACUCGGACAGCGAUAAUCCGCUGGCAGUGCAUUUGAUAUUUUUAUGCUCGGAGUCGCGUCGCUUGUGCGUCGCCGGCGCGAUGGGUCAGGUAAUGUUGUUCAAAUUUCGCAAGGUCGAGUCCACAUCGGAUGUUCUGGUGCUGGAGAUACCAAUACUCUAUGAGAACUUUGAUGACAUCUAUGGCACCAGUCCCGAAUGCGAUUUCCUUACCGGACACCAGGUGCAGAAGACCGAAUCAAGUGAUUCGGAUAAGACGGAGUGCACGCUUAAGGUACGUUUUGGUGCUCAGCGCAAGCCGCCGGGCUUUCAAUCCCAAUUGGUUUGUCUCACAACGGGCCCGAAUCGUCGAACCGUGCAGGUUACCUCGUUGUGCAUCAACUCUAGUUAUGGCCUAAUGGCUUAUGGUACCGAAUACGGACUUGUCAUAAUUGAUAUAAUCCAAAAAAUUUGCCUAUUGAGUGUUGCAUGUCCCGAUCUGUAUGGCGCACACGAUCCUUACUCGCGAACACCAAAAAGUCCAAAACGCAUUGAGAGCAAAGAGGAGCAAAGCCGUUCGCCCAGUUCAGAUCAGCUGAACGAUACGACUAGCCCGGACAGUCCAUCGAUUGAGUUCAUACCCGAGGCAAAUGAGGCGGCUGCAACAUCAAUGUCCGCCUAUGUCUCAACAUCAGCGGCACCCAAUUCGACAGCAUCGGCAUCAGCUGAAACAUCGCAGGGCGCCUCGCGACCUACAUCGCCAGUGGGCGUCGCCGGUGAGCAUGGGCCAAUUAUCAAUAGCACCAGAGAUUCACUGUUAUUGGUGCUGGGCGCCGCAACAGCAUCGGCAGCAGCAGCGGCCGCCAUUGCUGCAGCAAAGAGUCCGCAGCGAGACGAGAGCGUUGGGGGUGCGCCAAAAGAGUUGCAGGAUCGCCGCAAAUCGAUGUCAUGGAAAACGUUCAAUUUGAAGCGUCAAUUAUCUAAAGUCAAUAUGAAAAUAGGCGGUAGCCUCAAUGUCAAUACGGAGCUCGAUUCCAUACGGAACAGCUCCGCCAUUUUCUAUGCGCCCAAGGAGACCUCACCGGAAUCGGGCCCUGGCGAUGAACAACAGCAACAGCAGCCAACGCUGCCAACGGCCGCCGAGGCGCUCGAGUGCUGUGAGGACGAUGUUGGCCUGGCUGCGGCCACAGCGAUUCUCAAUUGUGAUACUGGCACGGGAGAGAUGCAGACGCCGGCGACAACAACUCAAAAGCGUGUUGACUUCGAACAGCCGCCGGAGAGCGGCGAAAGGCCAAACAAUUUGCCGUUAAGCGAAUCACAGCUGCAACAGCAGCAGCAGCAACAACAGCAACAGUUGCCGCCAUUAAAGCCGUCGCGGCAAAAGUUCAAAGAGAAGGCACGCGAUCAGCGGCUGCUCUCCGUGCCGAAUAUUAAGUAUCAGCCGCGCGAGCAGCGAGCCGGCGGCGCCAUUGGCAUCAGUAUGGGUGCAAAUGUUGGCCGGGCCAAUAACAAGAAUGAUGUGUCGCCCCAGAUGAGCGGCAGUCUAACCAAAAAGAUACAUAAAUUGGAUGGUACCUUCUCGAGAUCCAGAUCGUCAUCAAUGUCCAGCAUUGAUAUGUCUUCCUCUGAAUCUGUUACCUGCCUAGCUUUUAUCGAGAGUUAUGCAAAACGCAAUGAUAUUUUGACGCUCGUUCCUACUUUGUGGAUUGGAACUAGUUUCGGUUCAAUAUUGACACUGUUCAUCACAAUGCCGGAGCGCGAUGUGCGCAAAUCUCAGCCCGUCUUGGUCACAAUAAAUGGCGGUCCUGUGGUACGGCUCAAAGGCUCCAUUACUUCCAUGUCUUUUUUAGACUCCUACGGCUCGCUCAUACCCUAUACAUUUGAGCCUUGGCGCGACGAGAACAGGGAUAAGAAAGAUCGCACACCCACUAAGAGUAGCAGCCGCACCAGUCCCACAUUUACACCAACAACUGCCAAUACAAUAUCAAACACUUCGGUUGCCGGCGGUGCUGGUAGCGCGGGUGCCGCCGGUAGUGGCGGCAAUGCUGCACCUGGCAGUGGUGCUGCUGGUGGUGCCAGUGGCGCCGGUGGUGGUGUUGGUGGUGGUGGUGGUGGUAGUGCAGUGGCCAGUGGCAGUGGCGGCAGCGCUGGCGGUGGUGCGACCGGUAGUGGCGCUAUCGGCGGCGGUGGUGGCGGCGGCAUCAGCAGCAGCAGCGCCAGCAGCAGCGGCAUCAGCGGCAGCGUCAGCACUGGCCUGGAAACACUCACCGAUCGACAAUAUAUCGUAAUCGCUAGCGAAAAGCAAACAAAAGUCUUCGAUGUGGCAAAUCAAUGCUGCAUUAAUCGCAUACAAUUAUCGGAAAUGGAUUUUGCAGUCAAGGCAGAAACUAUCACGAUGAAAGAUGGCUCUUGCUUAGCAACCUAUCUUUCGAAUGGCCAUCUAAUGGUACAUAGUCUUCCUAGUCUAAAACUGUUAUUGGAUACUGAUUUCUUACCGCUUAUGGAGUUAAGUUUUCAAACCAAAUGUAAACAGGGAAUUGUGGAUCCAAUGCUUUCGAUAUGGGGUCAACAGAUCAUUGUUCAUGAAGAUACAACUCAAAUAUCAAAAAUAUUUUGCUUUAGUCAUAAAGGUCAUGGAUUGUACAUGGCAUCGCCCACCGAAAUUCAAAAAUUCACGAUAUCAUCGGAAUUUUGUCAAUUUAUUUUGGAGAUGAUGGGUGAGUUAUAUACGGUACACGAAAUGCCCGAACAGCCGAAGGAGGGUUUCUUUAAGGGUCUAUUUGGCGGUGGCGCCAAACUUCUGGAUCGCGAAGAGUUGUUUGGUGAACAAAGCGGGAAAGCAAAUCGUUCUACGGCACGGCAUAUACCUGGUCCCAAUAUGGAUCAGCUUGGUCAACGUGCUUCCACAGCCGCAUCGGAAAUUAGCCGUGCGCAUCAGUUGGCCAUGGAGCGUGGCGAGAAGCUCAAUUUGUUGGAGGAGCGCGCCGAGCGUAUGGCCAAUACAGCUCAAGAUUUCAGCGGUACAGCGCAUCAAUUAAUGCUUAAAUAUAAAGACAAAAAGUGGUAUCAGUUGUAAAAUAUCUAUUUUAGGAGCCAAUUCUACCACAGUUAUUGUAAUAUUGCUUUUAUAACACUUUCUACUACAUUACGAGUAAAGUACACUUAUUUAAUUUCUGUU